AUGGGGCAGAGCGGCCGUGUAAAGGCGUGUUGGGACACGGUUGAAGCUUACUACGAGUUUCAGUGGCGAGCGUCGUCAGCUACAGAAUGGUGGCAGAGCGUUGAUGUGAUCGUGACCCUGCAAGCUGAGUCGGAGUCAAAGACGACCAUCGGGGAGGCGCAGGGUUCUGAUGCAUUUGACAACAUUGAAGAAUCGGCUUCGCUCUGGUACUCUACGGAGCCCAAAUCGGCUGUAGGAGCCGCUCCAUGGACAAAACUCAAUACGUCUGAGCAGGGGUUCUCCCCGCGUGCGCUGGCUCUUUUCCAACGGGCCCUGAAGGCUACUGCGGGGCCCAUGACGACUAAGACAGUUGCGAAUGGAGGAAGCGCAGCAAUUCGCUUUGUCUUCCCUACCAAACCUGGGUACGCUGUGCGCUCGGAUAUCUUCUCACUGCGGAUGGUGGAUCUUGAGAUCGUGGAUGCGGACUCAGCUGUUUCUUUCCAUCCCACGGAGCCUGAGAAGCUGCUUCGUCCUCUUCCUGUUGAUUUGAGCCUUGAGGAUAUUCUCCAUGUCAUUUGCACCAACGCAGUCGGCGGGCUCCUUCCGCGCCCACUAUCUUCAUACAACGAGAAUAUCACGGAUUAUGCGUCCAUAUUCCAAAACCUCGACAUCGAACUCACAAACCGCCUCUCCUUUCCCUGGCUAACGCACUCUCCUCCGCCACCCCGUACCCUCGCAAUCGUCGAAGACGGCCGCAGCAGCCCCUCUCACGGCGGCACAGCAACAAGUAUCUACACCGCUGCCCGCGCCCUAAACAUCUCCAUGAUAGUCCUCGAUGUCGCCGGCCACUGGCUCGAAGGAUCAGAGUACGCGCACUGGCGAGAACACUUCAUCCCCAUACAACUUGAACCGCCAUCUCUGCUCCAGGAUCGCAUUCUAGAUGCCCUGUCUCGAUCUGGGCACCAGGUCGAUGCACUAGUGACCUUCUGCGACUCGUACCAGGUUCCUGUUGCACAGGCUGCAGAGCAAUUAGGGCUUCUGACUGCAUCCGCUGAGGCGUUCGAGAUUGCGACGGAUAAGUAUCGCACGGGAUUAUUCGAGGGCAGGCCGGCGUUUCUCGUUCGGAGCGUCGAGGAGGCGCUUGAUGUUGUGCAGCGCAGAGAUCUCGAGUAUCCGUUCAUCGUGAAGCCAUGCAAAGGAUUUCUCUCUGAGGGGGUAUUCAAGAUCCACAGCCCAGAGGAGCUAGCGAGUGCAAUCGGGAGUGUGAAUCUAGAUAGGCACGGCGUGGAAUUCGUCCUGGAGGCGUACUGCGAUGGGCCUGAGGUGGAUAUCAACUUUGUGCUCUCAGAGGGUGAGCUCCUUUUCUGUGAAGUCUCGGAUGACUUCCCCAAGACGGCGGAUGCGAACUAUGUCAGUAGCGAACGAGAGGAAGAAGAUUCGCGGCAACAACAGCAACCGCUAACAUCAUUGGUCGAACUGGGCAACGUCCUCCCCUCAAACCUCCCACCUGUGGAGAUCAAGAUUCUGCGCGAGUCCCUGCAUCGGAGUCUAGUUCGGUUGGGUCUCAAGACGGGGAUAUUCCACCUGGAAGCUCGCGUGCAGAACUCGUCGGCGGAGUAUGGGGUCAUCUCUUCUUCCCCUUCUUCUUCAGAUACCACUGCCAAUCCCAUCACAGACCUAGUCCCCCGCUCCACGCCAGUAAACGGAAAGCCUUCCGCCUGGCUAAUCGAGAUAAACCCUCGGCCCCCGGGCAUCCAAGAAACCGCUGCAGUCGAAAGCACGUACGGAAUCGACUACAGGGGCAUUGGUCUUCUCUCCGCCCUCAGAGACCACGCUCGUAUCCGAUCCCUCUCGCAUCCUUUUCUCCAGGGCCCACAAUACUGGAGCAAGAUGGUUUUCAUCCCCGUGACACAUGGCGGAGUCUUCAACUCGGAUGAUGUUUGCGCUGAGCUGAUAGAACGGAGGCCCGAUCUGGGUAGGCAUGUUUCGAGGUCGUUUUGUUUUCUGAAGAGAGGGGAUAGGUUUGCCGGCCCGGAGGAGGGGAUUACAGGGUGGGUUGCAUAUUUUGUUGUUUUUUCAAAAGUAUCGAGGGCGGAGCUGUUGAAAUUGAGUAGGGAGGUUCGUGCGGAAGUGAGGAUUAGGGUUGUGUAG